AUGCUUUCUCUUGGGGCUGAUGUUAGCCCUGAACACAAGCGUCAAACGCCUCGGAUGCAUAGACUAACUAUUAGGCAUUAUGGUCCCAUUAAGGCUCUUUGGGAUUGGUUGAUUCUUCUCAUGGUACUUUAUACAGCUGUGACCACGCCGUAUAUGGCAGCCUUCGUUCUUUAUGAUGCUAAAAAGAAGAAGCACGUCCAGCCGGAGACCUCUUUGAGCCGCUUCAGCUUUUCUUCCUCAUCAUCAUCGAACGGAAAUGUCUUGCAGAUCCCGAAUGUUAUCGUUGACGUCACUUUUAUUAUAGACAUACUUGUCAACUUUCGGACAACAUAUGUAAACAAGAAUGACGAACUCGUUUCGCAUCCUGGUCGUAUUGCCAUCCAUUACUUUAAAGGAUGGUUUUUAAUUGAUGUAGUUGCGGCCAUUCCAUUCGAUCUUUUACUUCUCGGGGCGGAAACAGACGAGGUCAAUAACUAUUAUUUUCUUAUCUAA